AUUUAAUGGCUGAAAGAAUACCUGAAAGAGAGGAAGGUCAGUCAUCCCAACCUAUUAGGAUUUCUGAAGAUCCUGAAAAUGUGGCACCAAUAGGAGACAAUGCACCUAAUGUAAAUCCUACACCAGUAGGAAUGGAUGCUAUGAAUGCAAUGUCAGGAAAUAUGAUGCAACUGCAGAUGAUGAAUAUGAUGAUGCAAAUGAUGGAAAAGAUGCAGUCUAUGGUGGGAUCUGCUACACCUGGUGUUCCACCUGUAGUUACACCAGUUACUCCUACCACUCCUGGUGGUAGUACAAAUGUGGAAGUAGGUGAUCCUGUUAGUGCAGAAGUGGAUAAGAAUUUAAAACUUUUCCAAAGCCUAAAACCUCCUUUGUUUAAAGGAGGAGUUGAUGCCAGAAGUGCUGAAGACUGGAUAAUUAGAAUAAGGAAAGUUUUAAAUGGAAUGAGAUGUCCUGAGAAUAGAAGAGUAUCUCUAGCAAUUUUUAUGCUAGAGGGUGAAGCAAAAAGGUGGUGGAGAGGACAACAACUAGAGAAAUUCAAAGGUAGAUCAGAAGAACAAAUCAUGUGGGAAGAAUUUGAGCAAGUCUUCAGAGAAUGGUAUGUUCCUCCAUCAGCAAGGCAAGCAAUGCAGGAAAGUUUUGUAAACCUGAAGCAAGGAUCUAAGACUGUUAUUCAAUAUGAAGCAGAAUUUACAGCUCUUUCAAGAUAUGCACCACAGCUCAUCAGUACUUCAGAGGAAAAAUGCUACAGAUUUUUGAAGGGUUUGAGGGAUUCUUUGAGACAGCCUUUAAUUCCUCUUCGCAUAAAAGAAUUUUCUGAAUUAGUGGAAAGUGCCAGACUUCUAGAGAAUGACAUGGAAGUGGUUAAACAAAAAUGGGAUAAUAAUGAUAGAAAGAGACAAAGUGAUCACAAAAACGGAUCAUCCAAAAGACAGAAAUUCCAACAAAAUCAAUAUCAAAAGCCACUGAGAUUACCUGCAAUACCUGUUUGUACAACCUGUGGAAAAUCUCACCAAGGAAGAUGCAUGAUGAAUUCAGGAAAGUGUUAUUUAUGUGGAGAAUCAGGUCAUAUCAAGAGAAAUUGUCCAAAGAAUGUUCAAAGAGGUACAGAAGUUAGAGACAGUCAGAAGACAGAUCAGUACAGAGGUGCCAGGCCACAGAUGCAUCAAUCUGCUUUGAAGAUUAAAGGAGAAAACUUAAGUGAAGCAACCAGAUCAGCACCAGCUCGAGUUUUUGCCUUAUCUUCCCAGGAGGCCAAAGACUCUUCUGAAGUGGUGACAGGUACUUUAAAUAUCUCAGAUUUAUCUGCUAGAGUACUUUUUGAUUCUGGUGCAUCGCAUUCAUUCAUAGCUGAGAUAUUUUGUAAGAAAGUGCAUUUGGAACUUGUCUCUUUUACUCCUGGCUUACAUGUUAGAUUACCUGCGGGUAAUUAUUUGAAUGCCAGUACAACAUGUUCAGUUGAUUUUAUGAUAGCUGAUAGAAAAUUUCAAGCAGAUCUGAUAGUACUUCCAUUGGUAGAAUUCGAUAUAAUUCUGGGAAUGGAUUGGUUAGUCAAACAUUUUGCAACUAUUGAAUGUUGGAAGAAGAAGGUCAGAUUUGAUUUACCUGGAGAAGAAGUAUUUUAUUUUCAAUGUGAUAGAGGUGCAAUUUCUUCAUUGAUUGCUUUUAGUCAG